AUGGAUCAGCAUGGUGAGCCCAUACGAAGCUUGUCUAGUCGAGCAAGCCCAGUAAGCGGCAACGGCUCUAUUUGUGGCCUUGAAGCGCGUUUUAGACUGCGCCAGGACUCACUGACCUGCAGUCUUCGAGAUGAUACUCUAAACUGUCUAGAUCAACAGGAUAAAGGGACUGAUGAUUCCGGGGAUGAUAACGAAGAGGAUGAUGGAGUUGAUGAAGAUGAGGAUGAAUAUGACGAGGAAGACGAUGGUAGUGUAGAUGUUAAAGGGGUUAGCGAAGAUGAUCGAGAUAAAAAGAAAGUAAGUGAUUUGAGCCCGGUCACUAAUGACGAUCGUUCUUGGCCUAUUCAUCCAAGUUGCUUUAAGCAACCCCUUGGCCUCCGACUUGCUCUUAAAGAUCCCUCAGUACAUCGAAUUCCAGACCUAUGCACCACCGGUUUCUGUGAGCCAGAUGAAGAUGGGACCUUUGAUGAUAGAACUAUCUUGCCUCAAAAGCCAUUGAGACAUAAACUACGUGAGAGUGUAUCCAAUGAUGACCCUGCAAGUUACUCUUCCUUACUGAGGACGACCGCUAUUUCAGGAGCCACUCGGUCGAGAGAAAGAUCAAGUCCCGGAGUUCGGUCGGCUCAUCUAGAGGCUUCUACCAUUUGUGACCCGGAAUUUCCUUCACAAGUAAACUUAUCACUGUCUCGACAGAACGUAUCUGAGACAUUAACUGCAGGUUCGAUAACAUCUGCCGGUAUUUCGACCGUUUCUUCAAGAUCUGGUGUAACUCGUUUGGAGAGAGCAAUGCUCGAAAGUAGGAGGAUACCAACUGCGGGUGGUCGACAUACAAUUAGCUACUCUUCAGAACGCGCCUCGCAUGGAGCAAGAGCAUCUAUUUCUGCUUUUCCAUUUAUCGCAUCUCAAAGUGAGUAG